AUGCUAGCGGUGGACCAUGUAUUAGCGAAAGCCCGUGAGGAGGUUGGCGCUGUAGACGUGAACAAUAAGCAGAAGAGCACCCGAGUGGGCGGGUAUCCUCCCGAGAAAUGUGCAGAAAAGGUCGUGACCAUUGAGGAUAUGUGCACCGAUGUAGUUCAUUUACAAGAACCUUACAGCUGCCCCAAGAAAGAGACAAAAGUGUCCUGCCGACCGGGAAUCUUGCAGGUCCCCCGAGUGUGCCAUCGAGUUGGUGUUCGCUGGGUCGAGAAAUCAUGCAACUUGAUCGACUAUGAGCUCAAAUGCAAUAAGCGUCUGGUCGACUUGCCUGGAAAGUGCACGAAGGAAUGGAUGAUUCAACAGCCGUACCCUUGCGCAUUGACAUCCACCGAAGAGGAAUGCAGUGUCCAACGCAUUGAAGUUCCGGACCAGUGCAGUAGGACCACACUGAAGCCGUUAUCCUUUGAGUGCGUGAAGGAAACCUUGGAGACGUACUGUGAGGGACAGAUGGAUUUUAUUGGACUACCACAAGGGAAUUUCCACCGUCAGUCAAGAGACAGGGAAACUCAGAAAAAGCUUCCUCCCAAAGUCAUUCGCAAGCUGGCAGAGCCGCGCACUCCCGGCGACGAUGAUAUCAGUGAAUUCUCCGGGACUCAUGGUGAACCGUCUUUAUGCAAAAAGGCUUCCAGGAGGCACGUCCCAUACUCGUGUUCACGCCCCGGGAUGAAGCAACAAUGCAAGGUCGUGAAGCAGAAGCGGGCGUACCAAUGCAUCAAGGAAGAACAGGAAGUCAGCGAGUUCGAUUGCUCGUACACUGAGAUGAAACUCAACUGCUCGGGCGUCGAGCUUCUUGCAGCAGGGCGGGGUCGUAGCGAAAUUACCUCCUCAGCACUGGUUUCUGCCGGACUAGCAUCAGCUGUUGAAGCCGGCGAAAAUUCGAGGGAAGCCGGUACACUGCCGCCAUCUGGGCAGACCCAGUCUAGUACUAAAGAAGAAAGCUUUCUCUUGCAGAACGUGGUGGCGACAGACCGACACAAUCAGCGACGGCGUCUUCGGAAAACCACCAGAGCAGCAGACCCUUUGCAACACAUUCCUCCAGGUUGUGUAGAGGAGGAAGUGCGGGUUCAGAAGACGUGCAAGGGCACCACACUAAAGAAGGCAGAAAGACAAUGCGAAUCCGAUGAGGACGAGGAGGUGUGUGAGACAAUCAGGGACGAUACACCCGGCAUAUGUUACACGGUCGAGGAGUUCGACGAGGUAUAUAGUUGCCCUCCGGAACCUGAACUGCGCCAGCUCGUCCCAGCAAACUGCAAGACGCGGUCGGUUAAAAGAAAAGAAAUCUGCACAAAGACUUUGCCAUUUACCGAAGACUUCACCUGCGAGGCGCAGGUGCCUGUUACCACAUGUUCGCCUGUUACAAAAAUCGACGCCACAACCUGCUACCGCACGGCUCAAAAGACAAUGGAGUACUCUUGCUUGAAGCCAACGGAGGUCGAGGAGUGUAUGCCCGUUCCUGUAUACCGUGCCGGGAAGUGUUUCGAGCAAGAAGAGUACAAGCAGGCCUACGAGUGUACGGAGACAAAAGUUCGACAGAAAUGUGAACAACUAGAAAAGGAAGUGGCAUCCCAUUGUUUCAAGGGAGUGAAGCAGAAGAUUACUUAUCCUUGCCGGAAGGCUACUACAGAGAGGGUCUGUUCAGGACGAGAAACUGAGGAAAGGCUUGGAAGACAGGCUGGGGCAGACCAUUCUUCCCCUCCUCCGAAUGAAAAACACGGCGCUCCGCAUACUUCAGUUCAUGCGCAACAAGUCACAGAUUCACAGCUCACUGAUCGCCGCGCUCGAAGCUCCCCUAUUUCUUCCAGCGACGCCGCUGCCCAGCAGGCAGCCUUAGCAGCGCUCCGUCUGGCUCACGCAGCUGCAGCAGGGUUACCCUCACCCCCCGAACGGCCUCCAGAGUCUGACGUCCAAGCGUCUUCCUCUGUUGUUAUAAAGGACGAGCAUCCCGCUGAAGGCACUCGUCAUAUUAAUGUUACAUCCAAAGCGCGACGCUUGCUUCCGGCUUUCAAACCCUGGGGUUUGAAGAGCAAAAACGAUCCUCCGUACUCCUCCGUUACUGUUCAUUUACCUGUGCCACCACCGCCGCCCGGAGGAGUAUAUCUGGGUCCUCGUGCUUACGCGAUCAACGAAUUGAACAGGCAGGCAGCACUAGGAUUUGCUGAUGUUGCAGGCGAGUAUGUAGAGGACGUGCGUCUGCCUCCCGCUCACAUUGUGGAAUUCAACGACACUGGCAAUCAGCAUCGCAAAUACUUUCUCAAGAACCCUAGUACAAUCCUGCCUCCGGUGCCUCCGCAACCGCUACCAGGCGACGCGUUCUACUCCCUCUCCUCGCGUGAAAAGGAGAACUCUCACGACGGCGUCUUGUUUGAACAGCCUGUACGAGGGGGGUACAACGGCAGCCCUCAAGUGGGCGCUGAAGGGUUCCCCAUCCCGUUAGAACCAUUAGUUCCUGGCUCUCCUGUGCCAUCUCUGCUCACCGACGUUAGUGCAGCCUCUCCCACCUCGAUUAGCAACUUGCCAGCACCUGUCCGACCACCUCUCGCUCAACCAAGGGCAGCUCCAAUCCCAGAGCUGCACGAUGGCCAUAUGUGGCACCAUGCUCAGCCAGCAUCUCACGGUCAUGAAGGAGGCAGCACUCCAUCGCAAUUUGAAUCUGUUCCGGAGCUACCACAGCAAGCGCAUCAUUUCCAGAACUCAAUACCAGAUUUUCAAUAUGGCGGCCUGAAUCAAGGUGGUCCGCAGAUCGUGGAUGGAGCGGGUAUGACCGACGAAUUCUCUGCGUUGGAAGCAGCGCUUGUGGAACUACCGGGGCAAAAUCCUGCAGCCCCAGAAGCCGCGUAUCAUCAUCACCCCCAUGCAAAUAGCUCUGCAGUCCCCAUGGGCAGCACCGUUCCCCACCUUUCAACGCGUGGCGCUGUCCCACCGUUCAACAGUGGAAAUGCGUGGUACGAAAGGAGUGGAGUAUCAGCGCGGCCGUCCAAGCAUGACGUCCAGCCUAAAAUCGUGGUGGGCGGCCCUGCACCCAAUGCUGCAGUUGUGCCUAACUAUGAAGUCAUGCCACCGCUGCACCGAAUACAGCAGUUGACAGAAGAGGUCCACAACCUGGUGCAGCUCCAGCGAACCCAAAGGGGCUUUCUCACAGAUCAGCAACGGCAACUACUGGAGGAAAUAAUACGCGAACUCGAAUUGUUGGCAGGCAGCGGUGCGUUCUCUUGGAAGCAGCCAAACCAACAUCAAUCCGUAACAAUACCGGCAGCGACGGAGACCCUUCUCCAGGGCGAGGUUACAGUAGCACACCCCAAAGAAGAAAUGGGGGAAGAAAACAUUGAUUCUGUGCAGCCCAAUCGUAGCCAAAGUCCUUUCGAGGCAUCAAAGAGUGGAGCGACAGCGCCUACAACAGAUGUGCAGUCGGACAAGUUACGGGAACUGCUGGAGUCCCUGUUGGCCGAGCUGCGGAGCGAACAGACCAGCUUGACUACAGAGAUCAACCAAGCUAGCGCGGAUGGUGACUUACAUGAGAGUCUUACUCAGGAGCUCAAGUUCAUCAAAGAAGAUAUUGGAAUUGUUGAAGACGGCCUUUCGCGUCUUGAUUCCGGGGAGCUCUCAAAAGAGGAGAUGCAGAGCCUGUGGCAGUUUCUCCUUGGCGACGAUGUACCACAUACGGCAGACGCAGAGACAGAUGCAACGGUAGAAAAGAAGGGGAAGGAGACAAGCUACGUGUAUGAGACACAGCGUCAGCAUCACUCGAUCGCAUCGGAGGCCAUGACCAUCACACCAAACCCGGAUUACGGGCGUUCCGUUCCGCAGGGGGCGCGCACGCACGCAUUUAUACCUACGUCCCCAGAGGAUGUCGCCGGCUCUAUGGCUUUGGCUGCAGCUGCGGCUGUACUUCAUAAUGCAAUGGCUGUGAGUUUCACUGCCCCAGUGCCGGUUGUCCACCACCCGCCGCAGCCUCCAAUCGCCUCGCCGGUCAGCGCCAGAGAAGCGUUAAUAGCAGCCGUCCUUGACGGAGCCUUCGAGAUAAAGGCCCACAUACUCAAAGCAAUGCACACUCUCCAGCACCUCAUAGACACCACAGACAUGCCAGUAGACCGAGAAAGAGAAGCACGGUAUCUCUUGGAGGGGCUGAAACGUGAUUUGGGGAAGAUGCACAAUAUCGUCGAUCGAGCGAGCACUGGCGAGCUCUCCACGGCUGAUUUACAAUAUAUUUCAGUCCAGCUGGAGGCCGUUCGACAGAAAGCUGAGGGCAGUGCGGCAAUGCAAGAAAGGGGAGCCUCAGCACCGCUGUCCAGCCUUCCGUCUACAACAGGGUCAGCCGAUCUGCCACCUACCGGCGAGUCGCUUGGCCGACCCGGGGAAGAAUAUUCGUCCGAUCCAUCUGGACCCGACGGAACGGGCGACCCAGGGAAUGCUGUGGGAACCAUCCCCCUUGUACCUCACGCUGGAAUGGCUGUUUUUGAACCAGACGUUUCCGGAUCGUCGCCUAAAAAAAACAGAGAUUCGACAACACCCCAAGCUCGCACGAACGUCUACAUUACAAUCAACAUCGACGAGACUGGCAACGUCACUUCAGAAAGGCGGCAGGGGAGGAGGCUCAGCAAAGGCAUGCUUCCAUGUGAGUGA